UGCGUCAUUGCCAUUUACCUUUGUUGAUGUUCUUCUUCUUCUUCACUCCGGUGCUGAUGCUUUACGGUCAAGUUGUGUAACUCGUAACCGAAUAUGUCAUCUCAUUUGAGGCCUUUACUGCGGUGUUUUCAAAAUGUAUCGCAGCAAAGAAUGGUCCGCCUUACCACAUCUGCAAAGGAUUCUGGUGCUGAAGCUCUGCAGGUAUCAGAGGAUAGAAAAGAAAAUAUUUCUCCCAAAACUGGCAUUCUCAUGCUCAACAUGGGCGGACCCCAAACAUUAGAUGAAGUUCACGACUUCCUUUUGCGACUCUUCAAAGAUCGAGAUAUUAUACAGCUUCCUUUCCAAGACUACAUGGGGCCCUGGAUUGCCAAAAGGAGAACACCAAGCAUCCAGCAAAAAUAUGAUGAGAUAGGUGGAGGAUCACCAAUUUUUAAAUGGACAGAUCUGCAGGGACGGUUGAUGUGUGAACGUCUCGACGAGAUUUGUCCAGAGUCAGCCCCCCACAAACACUACGUUGGUUUCCGUUAUGCCAAGCCAUUAACUGAAGAUACACUACAAAGAAUGGAAGAGGACGGUGUUGAGAACUGCAUUGCUUUUACACAAUAUCCUCAGUAUAGCUGCAGCACAACUGGAUCCAGCAUGAAUGCCAUCCACAAGUUCUAUGCUGACAGGUGAUUCCCAAAUAACUGAGGAACCAAGAUGAAAUGGAGUGUCAUAGACCGUUGGUGCACAAAUCAAUUUUUAGUUAAGUGUUUUGCGGAAAAUAUACAAAAGGAGUUGGACCAGUUCCCUGAGGAGAAACGGAAGGAUGUUUUUGUGCUUUUUUCAGCACAUUCGCUGCCUUUAAAGCAAGUAGGUCGCGGGGACCCUUAUUCUGCUGAAGUAGGAGCUACGGUGCAGUUGGUAAUGCAAGAAUUAGGAUUCAGCAAUCCAUAUCGUUUAGUGUGGCAGAGCAAAGUCGGACCACUUCCCUGGCUCUCUCCAGCAACGGAUGAUUGCAUUAAAGGUCUCGUAGAACGAGGAAGAAAAAACAUUAUUUUGGUGCCCAUAGCAUUCACGAGCGACCACAUCGAAACACUUCAUGAACUCGACAUUGAAUAUGCCGAGGAAGUUGGAGAAAAGGUUGGAGCAGAAUGCAUUCGCCGUUGUGCAUCACCCAAUGACCAUCCACUCUUCAUUGAUGCGUUAGUUGACGUCGUAAGCCAGCACCUCAGAAAGGGCCAUCGUUGCUCAGAACAGUUCCUUCAUAAUUGCCCUCUCUGUAUCAACCCAUCCUGUUAUGCCUCCAAGAAGUGGUUCAGAUAUGCAACAAAAAAUUCUAAUAACUUCCAUUCAGUCGGAAGGCAGUUGACGAACAAAAUAAGGUUCAAGACUUGGAAAAUAAAAAAAAAACAUUUAGUUCCACAGAUGGGGAUAGGGAAGGGUGCACAUUUGCUUGCAGUCGUUUAUAAGGUUUCUUUUAUAACCUUGGUUAAAUCACAAUCAGCAACAUUACAACUCGCAGAAUAUUCUGAAGAAUCAUGUCUAUGUAUCUAGGGUUAGAUUGUGUCUUGAGAUAA